AUGGAGGCGGCCCUGCGGCAGCUGAUGUCAUGCAUUGACAGCGGCCGCCGCGACACCGCCGGCGCGGCGCUCGAGAGGCUGCUACAGGCAUGCCGCACCGCCUCAGACGGCGGCCCCAUCGCAGCCGUCGAGGUGCCCAGCGAGCGCUCCUUUGACCGCUUGCUGCGGCAUGUGUGCUCGGAAAGCAGCCGAGCGCCGGCAACCAAAUCGUGCGCGGCCUCCAGCCAGGCUUUGCUGGAGCUGCUGACCGUGCCCGCGGCGGCGGACGCGUUUGUGACAGAGGGCCGCAUGACCGCGCUGAUCGAAGCACUGGAGGGGCUGCACGGCGCCGAGGAGGGCGGCAGCGGCGGCGGCGAGGGCUUUGAACUGCGGCCGUGGCUGCUGAGCGGGAUUCUGGCAACAGCAGCGUCGGCCUUGAUCACGCAAAUCGGCGGGCCUAUCGGUGGGGGCGAUGACGACGGCCGCGGCGACGGCGGCGGCGGCCCCAUCACCCCCGCGCAGCUCGCCCUGGCUGGAGUCAUCGCGCGGCCGGCCGCAGUGCGCGCCCUGCUGCGGGCAGCGCACACGCAGCUGUCGUUGAAUCAGUAUAGCGGGGAUCCUCUCUUAUUGCUUGAGAGGGCGUGCCUGGCUGCAGAGCUGUUGCAAGGACGCGCCACACUAGCGCCCUGCGAUAGGCCUGGGGAGUCUGUUUCCUCCGCCUCCGACAUGUUUGCUGCAGCGCGCGCCGCGUGGCAGGGCGCCGACGCCGAUUGGCUCUGCGAGGCGCUGCCGCCGCUGCUGGCGCUGCGGAUGGAAGGGACCAGGCAGCAGCCGGCGGCAGGGCCCUGCGGAGCCGCGGCAAGGCAGCAGGUCACGCUUUUUGUUGCCUCACGCAUGUGCAGCGCGGUGGGUCCUCUGACAGCAGCCCUGUCGUCGCACGCGGCCGCCAUGUGCGAGGUCGCAGCCUGCAUACGCCGGAAUAGUGACACCCGCCUAGCCAGGGCGUCGUUUCUUGUCCUGAUCAGCGCCCUCGACGCCUGGCCCUGGGGCCACCAUGGCGCCGGCACGGCGCUCGCGGCGUGCUGCAAACCCGCCACUCUCGGGGAGCUGCUGCGCAUAGCGGCCCUCCGCGACGCUGGCGGUGGCGGGGGCGGCAGCGGAGGAGCAGACCGCUCGCUGGCGGGCCUGGAGCUGUCUCCUUCUCUUGCGGACGCUUGUUGUGCAGCGCAGCUGCUGGCAUCGAUCGCGGCCCACGAGGCACUGUCGGCGCGGCCGUCUAGCAUCGCCGCCAUGCCAGCAGCCGCAGCGGCAGUGGUGUCGAGCCUGCGCGCACGGCUGGAAGGCCACGGCGGUCAGACGACGGAUGGGAACAGGUCGCGAUUGUACCAAGUCUGCGUGGCAGUGUUGAGCAUCGUCGCUGGCGACGGCGCCGACGGCGAUGCCUGGGCGGCCACGUUGUCGCGCCUAGGAGCGCAGCAGCUGCUGAGGCGCGCAACGGUUGAGUUAGGCCCACAACACAUAGAGUGGUGGGCGCCUGCAGCAGCAGCACUUUACGCCGUCGUACACGCAGCGCACGCCUCGUGUCAGCAGCAGCAGCAGCAGCAUCAGCAGCAGCAGCAGCAGCAGCAGCCUGCAGAAGGCAACGGCAGCAGUGGGCAUGUGGAAGCUGAGGAGAAGCAGGUCGCCAUCGCCGCCUUGCUGGACGCGGGGCUUUACGCGGUCCCGCAACUGCUGUUGCUGGCUGUGCUGCGGCCCAGCUGGCGGCCCCGGCUGAUUCAGGUGCCAGGCAUCCUGGAGCUGCUGUCAGCUGCAGCGGCCACCCCAGGCCAGGGCGAGUACAGCCAAAAAGCCCUCCGCACCCUCUGCCUGCUGGCUGCGGGCACGGCACCGGCCGAGCGUCUGCCUGGCUUCGCGCGGGCCGUGCUGGAGGUGUGCAACCAGCGGCCCGCUGACGCGUGGGCCGGAGUCCCUGAGCUGGAGAGCAAUGGCAAGGCUGUGGCGGAGGUGUUGGGGUGCCUUGCGGGCUGCCAUGAGGCGGACGGGGGCGUUGGGGAGCGCGCUGCCCUGGCUCUUGCCCAGCUGAGGGCCGGCGAGCUUCAGUUGGUGCAGCCCCCUUCGCAGCAGCAGCAGCAGCAGCAGCAGCAGGAGGACAAGCCGGGGACGCAGCAGGCGCCAAGCACACGGGCUACAGGGGGCGCAAGGAGGGAGCGCCCACGCAGCGCGUGUGCCGUGUGUGGCAGGACGGCGCGCGAUGGUGCCAAGCUGCGGCGCUGCGCGGGCUGCGGGAGCGUCACAGGGACGCGGUACUGCAGCCAGGAGUGCUGCAGGACGGACUGGGUGGUGAGGGGGCACCGCGCGGUGUGCGAGGCAGCGCAGCGCUGCUCAGCUUGA